AGAACUCUCCUCUCUCAUUCAAAUCACCAGAAGAGAAAACAAUGGCUUGCUGGUCUGCUGAGAAUGCCACAAAUGCCUACCUCAAAACCCUGAAAAUGGGACAAAGGGCAAAAGAGCCAGAUGAAGCAGAGUUCAUAUCGGCUAUGGCAGCAGGAAACAAUGCACAACUAAUGGUGGUAGCAUGUGCAAGAGCUGCCGACUCCAACACACUUGCUUUAGUGGACGCAGCACAUCAAACUGGAGGCCAUGUGGUCUGCGUUCUUCCUGGAAUCGAACACUUGCAAUCUUCAUAUAAAUCGCUUGGUGCGGAUGCAUACCAUGUUGAGUUUGUCAUUGGAGAUGCCAAAAAUCUACUACCAACCCAUUACAGGGAAGCAGAAUUUCUACUUAUUGACUGUAACCUUGAGAAUCAUGAAGAAAUUCUCAGAGCAGUGCAGACAAGUAGAAGGCGUAAUGGUGCGGCUGCUGUCGUGGGGUACAAUGCCUUCUGCAAGAAUUCGUGGCGAUCAAGUGGUUCUGAAACCCAGUUGUUGCCCAUAGGAGAAGGGUUGCUGGUGACGAGAAUAGCCGCAAACCAGAAGAUUGGAGGUGGUGGUUGUGGUUAUGGAAGGAGGAGUCAUUGGGUUGUCAAAGUAGAUGAGUUCACAGGAGAAGAGCAUGUGUUCAGAGUUAGAUAUCCACAAACCAAAGAGAUUCAAGCUUAAUGCCCAUCUCCACCUGGUUAGAUUUUUUUUACUUUUCUUCCAUGUCCUUGCAAGGGAUAAGGAGCAUGAAUUUUGAUUCUAUUUUACUCAUGGCUUGUAAAGUAUUGAGAGAUUGAUCCUUGCACUCCAUUGUUUGGAUCAGAAAUGUAUGAAAAGUCUGCAAAUCAAUCUGUUCUCCUUUCCUCCCCUUUCUUAACCAUAAAU